AUGCAUGUCUUCUCUACCAUUGCGCUUUUCGCCACCAUUGGGGCAGUCAGUGCAAUCCCAAAUAGCGGAAGCGGAUCCCAGUGCACCACCAGCCAGGCCAAUAAAUGCUGCACCGAGCUCACAAAGGGCAUUUUGAACAUCAACAUUCUGCCUGCGCUAUGUGUUCCCCUGAUUGAUACUUGCAAUAACCAGGCAGCAUGCUGUGAAACCAAUGGAGUCACCCCCGAUGAGGAUGAUGUCGAUAUAUUAGAUGACUUCGGAGUCGGACUCCAUGAUGAUCCUGAGGAGAUAGACGAAUUCUGGCGGAAUGAAGCAAAGUGGCGGAUUCAAGAUCCGGGGUCAGGGUCGGCCCACCGCGCCGGGCUAGGCCGGCUUCUGCAAGGAGAGGACCCUGCCUUGGUAGUUCCCGAGGACCGGCAGCAUCGCUGCUACAAAUUUACGACGCAACAGCAGGCGGCGUGGGAUCGGUUGCGCCAGGCCGCUCGGGAGGAAAUCAACGGUCCUCAUCGCACGAAGACGCCGCGGCAGGCGGCCACCCCCGGUGGCUACCACGAGUCCCCGUAUGAAUGCGCGUUAGUCUGCGUCUUAGGCGCACUGAGCUACAAUUGCGAUGGGUGGCUGAAGCCACAGCUCUACCACAGCAUCGUCUGUCAAGUACAUCGGAUCGCGCAGGGUCUCGUGCUGCACUAUACCCUGCUGUUAGGGUCGGAUGCAAAGGAGAUCUUGCGAGGGAUCUCCGCCAGAGCGACUGCGCGAGCGGUAAUGGAAGAUGUGGUGGAAUUGCCGGGGAUGAAGGAUUAUUCGACGGUGCGGUCCUAUUGGGAAUGGCUGCAUGAUUGGGUUGAGCAUAAGAUGCUGGCCUCAACAAAGACGCCAAUAGGGUGGAUGAUCAUGAUGUCUGUGAAGCUGGGUUUACUGAAUGCGAAGGGGAAAUCAUAG